CCAACUUCGUAAUUGCGAAAAAAGGUCCUAACAAAAAGCGAGAUAGAGCGAGCGAGGCGAUUGAAUGGCCGGAACUACGUUGAGACCGUCGCUGGCGCCGGGCGGGUUGGCUGGGACGAAUAUAGGGCCGGGUCGCCCACCGUCUCCCUCUUCUGUCAACUCUUACCGAGUUUCCGCUGUGGUCGAGCGAUUGACCGGGCACGCCCUACUCGGAAAUCGUAGCGACACCAUUGAAUUCUUCAAACUAUGCUUAUCUCUCGCCAGAGGUAUUGAUUAUGCAGUUGCAAACAAUGAGGUUCCAAACAAAGCUCAAGAUCUGCCUUUAUUGUUGAAGCAGGUGUGCCAGCGUAAAAAAGAUAACUUCUUACAGGCAGCUAUCAUGGUGCUUAUGCUCUCUGUGAAGAAUGCAUGUAAGAUUGGGUGGUUUUCAGAAAAGGAGUCUGAAGAACUUAUCAUUCUUGCAAAUGAGAUAGGUAGCAGCUUCUGCAUUUUGGGAAAUAUUAACGCGGGACCUAGUAAUUCUCCUUCCACUAUAAAACAAAUAAUGGAGAGGUUCUACCCACGAAUGAGGAUGGGGCAAAUACUUGCUUCCCUUGAAGUCAAGCCUGGAUACGGGGCAUAUGUGAUUGAUUUCCAAAUUUUAAAGACUACGGUACAUUCUCCCGAAGAAAAAAUUCGGUUAUUUGUAGCACAGACAGAUAGUAUAGAGACAUCUGCAUGCAUUAUAUGUCCUCCCCAAGUGAGCUUUCUUCUGAAUGGAAAGGGAGUUGACCGAAGGACUACUGUUCUAAUGGACUCUGGACCACAGUUACCAACAAAUGUGACUACAAUGCUGAAAUAUGGAACAAAUCUUCUUCAGGCUGUAGGCCAGUUUAAUGGUCAUUAUAUCAUAGCUGUUGCCUUCGUAAGUGUGAUGUCAUCACCUGACACCCCAGUGCCACCUGAUUAUGUGCAACCUGCUGUAGCUUCAGUUGACCCAGAUUCUGACAUAAUUGAAGGGCCAUCACGGAUAUCACUUCGUUGUCCUAUAAGGUAUGCCAUGGUUGUUGCUUAGGAUUUU